AGGAAGAAUGAUGACCGCCGCCGCCAUUUUCCUUGUUGUAGGCGCCUCAAAUGUCAUAAUAAUUUCAGAAAAUUAAUUUUAUUUAAUUUUUUAUGUUAUUUUCAUGGUUAAUUAACGUCUUCAACUAUAUUUUAGUGUCGUUGCGUUUUCCUUGAGCUGUGCGCCUUCUCGGAGUUUACCGUCAAAGUAUUCUGUAACAUCGUAAUUUCAAGGAUCCGCGAUCUUGGUGUUCUACAAUGAAAUGUGGGAAUCCUCUUCAUAAAAGGUAGCGAGCGUGAGUUACGCCCACGGAGGGCCUUGUUGGGUGUAGUGCGACCUAAACGGUGUGGUUUUCUUUGUUAGGAAUGGGUAGUGAAGUGUAGUGGAGUGCGGUGCAUGGACAAUGAGCGACUCGCCAGGAGUGGAAUGGCUGCCGGCGUACAGCCCGGGCCCGCCGCGGCACAGCCCGCUCGGCCCCAUCCCGCGCUUCCUGUUCGAGGGCGUGCAGCCGCUGGGGCUGCAGGAGAACAACAACAAGGAGGCAGACCAGAAGGAGAACGCGAACAAGAUCAAACACGCCAAACCCGCCUACAGUUAUGCCAGCAUGAUACGCCUAGCAAUCAGCAGCUCCCCCAACGGCAAGAUGACCCUCAACGAGAUCUACACAUACAUAUGCAACGCCUUCCCUUACUACAGGGAGGCUGGCAAGGGAUGGAUGAACUCAAUCAGGCACAACCUGUCAUUGAAUAAAUGCUUCAUGAAAGUGGCUCGCAGCAAAGAUGACCCAGGCAAAGGAUCAUAUUGGGCCAUGGAUAGUAGUUACAAGUUAUCUGAAGUAACUCCUCGGCGACGGAGGUCGCUACGGAUGGCGCCGUACAGCCCGGAGUGCAGCAGCAACAGCAGCGGCGAGGCGGCGGGGGUGGGGGCGGGGAUACUGGCGCCCGACGCGGCGCCCACGCCCCCCGCCACGCCCACCGACCCCGCGCCCGACCCCGCCAAGCUGGGCGCCGUGCCCGAGCUGCACGCUGCAGGCACAGAAACAACAGAAUCGAGUCAUACAGACGACGCAUUGACAGCGCUUAUGAAUGAGGAGCUGAUAUCAGACGUGGACAUUAGUGAAGAGCGGUCAUGGUGCUCCGGCGGGCGGCGGCACGUGUGCGCGACGCAGCUCACCUCGCUCACGGACGACUACGGCAACUUCGUCGUGUCCCACCACUGCGACUGCCCCCCCGACGACCCCCCGCCCGAGACCCCAAGCACCCCCCACGCGCCGCACAGCCCCCUCUACUGGCCGGGCGACUUAUAA